ACCGUCGUCAUGUCCUAUCUACUCCAUUUUAGUUCUGCUAAUGUUUUGGUAGACGUCCGUGUGGUGCGCGCGGAAAAGGCUGGUGAAUAAAUCAUGGGGAGAAAAAAGAAGAAGCAGUUGAAGCCCUGGUGUUGGUACUGCAACAGGGAUUUUGAUGAUGAGAAGAUUCUCAUUCAACAUCAGAAGGCCAAGCACUUUAAGUGUCAUAUAUGUCACAAGAAGUUAUAUACUGGUCCUGGUCUGGCCAUCCACUGUAUGCAGGUUCACAAAGAAACCAUUGAUGGUGUCCCUAAUGCAAUACCGGGAAGGAUUGACAUAGAGCUGGAGAUUUAUGGAAUGGAGGGUAUUCCAGAGAAAGACAUGGAGGAGAGGAGACGUGUGCUUGAACAAAAAACACAGGAUAAUCAGAAGAAAAAACAGCAAGAUGACUCGGAUGAAGAUGAUGAUGACGAAGAGGCUGGUCCUUCUUUCCAGCAGCCAGCAACAGCCGUACAGCCUCAGGCAGCCUAUGCCCCUAUGACCCAGCCAGGAAUGACCCCUGUCCCAGUGCCAGGGAUGCCACCUGGAAGUUACUCAGGAAUGCCCCCAAUGAUGCCUGGGAUCCCCCCUAUGAUGCCAGGGAUGCCUCCUGUCAUGCCCGGGAUGCCUCCAGGCAUGAUGCAAAUGAGAGGGAUGAUGCCACCUGCCCAUGGAAUGCCCCCAAUGAUGCCAGGCAUGCCACCAGGAAUACCUCCUCCCAUGGGACAUCACCCUGGCAUACCCCACAUGGCUCAGGCCCCUCCUUCCAGCACCCGGCCGGCUGUGCCUGCCACAACAGUGCCCAUGCCACAGCCGAGUGUCUCCAAGCCACUGUUUCCCAGUGCAGGACAGAUGGGGACUCGAGCUCCAAGCACAAGCUCAGGCUCCUCCAGUCUGGACAGUUUGUCAGCAUCCUCUAAACCGCUGUCCCAAGUCCAGCAGGCUGGUUCUGGUGUAGCGGUGAGCUCCUCUGCACCAACUUCUGCUGCUCCCAAACCAACAUUCCCAGCUUACACCCAGUCCUCCGCCACUGCUGCGGCCAACUCCAGCAGCACUGUGGCCAAACCGGGCACCCCAGUCACAAGUAAGCCUGCCACCCUCACCACCACCAGUGCAACCAGUAAGUUGAUCCACCCUGAUGAAGAUAUAUCACUGGAGGAGUUGCGAGCACAGCUGCCUCGCUACCAGUGUAAAGUCCCCAGCGCAGGACAGGCCCAUGUGACUUCCCCACCGGUUGCACCGAUGGGGGGCGUGUUGCCCCAUCAGCAGGGCAUUCCUGCACAGCAGCCAGGUGUUAGGCAUCCCAUGCAAGGGCCGUACGGUGCUCCGCCGCAGGGGGUGCCUGGGUACGUCCCAGGUGGAAUGCCUCCUUACGGGCAAGCCCCACCCAUGGUCCCUUCCUACCAGGCUGCUCCCCCCCGGCCCGCCUUAGGCAUGAGACCUCCUGUAAUGUCUCCUGGAGGCCGAUACUGAAGCGUCACCACUGGUCGUCUUUAGGUUUGCUGAUUCCACCAUUUUGCCAUCUAGUGGCGUGCUUUACAAUCCAGAUCAGUAACCGUAAGCCCUCUUGCAAUGAGGAGAUGGAGUAAUCAAACUGUGUAGCGCAUGGGACAUUUGAUUAUUAUUUAGACCUACCCUUUGUUGCAGAUCAUACAGUCUGGCUUUUCUCUCAUGUUUUGUUUAGGUUUUUAGAAGUGUAGUAAAUAUGGUUCGUAUUAAUUUGAAGCGGCUGGAGUUUCGUACAGCACCUUUAACAAGGCAAGUCACUGUAAAUAUACUAUUACUGUACUAAAAGUGUGAAGCCUUCGCAGCACCCAUAGGUGCUGUUGGACGUCCCGUCCCCAGCGUUGCUUGGUGAGGGCUUCAGAUAGCUGUCACUGUUGGAUUUGAUUUUUCUGUGUCUGCCUGUCCACAUUUACAGUGUCCUCUCCGAAGGGCCAAUAACAAACGACUCCUGUGAAUGCUAUCUGUACUGUUCCACUGUUCAUUGUAAUAAACUAUUGAAAUCUAA